CCGUUCCAUCCAUCAAUCAGUCAGCCCUGCCAUCAGGAGGCUUAAAGGGGGCCGGUGCAAUUUAUUAAUAUACCAUCCCCAACUCUUCGUGUUCUCCCCGCGCAUCCUUGCCCCAUCCAUUCUUCAUCUUCUCGACUGUCUUUAAUCUUUCUUUCGUAUCUACUUUCCAUUUCCGGGCGGGUUUCUUAUUGAUAUACCGAUUGGGUUUCCAGUCGCGUGUGAUUGGCGAGUCCACCCGCCAUGGCAUCGACCUCGACGCCUCAAGCCACUCUGCGCCAGCGGAACGUCGGCGCCUCGACUAAGAAAACCAAGGAUGGAGUCUCUUCGGACGUCGAGCUUGACAAGCUCGUAAAAGCAGCCACCGCCAAGUCCUCCACAGGCACCCAGCGCGACUUCACGGCCGUCUUUAUUAUCAUUACAGCAUUGGCCUUCGUCACCCGGUUCUGGGGCAUUAGCCAUCCCAAUGAGGUUGUCUUCGAUGAAGUCCACUUCGGCAAGUUCGCCUCGUACUAUCUCGAGAAAACCUACUUCUUCGAUGUCCACCCUCCGUUUGGCAAGCUCCUCUUCGCUUUUAUGGGCUGGCUCGUAGGCUACGAUGGCCACUUCCACUUCGAGAACAUCGGCGACUCCUACAUUGUGAAUAAGGUCCCUUAUGUCGCCUUCCGCUCUCUGCCCGCCAUUCUCGGCGCCCUGACCGUCUCCGUCACAUACCUGAUCAUGUGGGAGUCCGGCUACAGCCUCCCGGCUUGCAUUGUUGCCGCUGGCCUGGUCCUCCUCGACAACGCCCACAUUGGCCAGACGCGCCUGAUCCUGCUCGAUGCCACCCUCGUCUUCGCCAUGGCCUGCAGCUUGCUCUGCUACAUCAAGUUCUACAAGCUGCGCCACGAAGCGUUCUCGAGAAAGUGGUGGAAGUGGCUGAUCCUGACCGGCUUCGCCCUGUCGUGCGACAUCUCUACCAAAUACGUCGGUCUGUUCGCCUUCAUCACCAUCGGCUCUGCUGUCGUCAUCGACCUCUGGGACUUGCUGGAUAUCAGGAGACCUGGCGGUGCUCUGAGCCUGCCGGACUUUGGCAAGCAUUUCGCUGCCCGUGCCUUUGGCUUGAUCAUCAUGCCCUUCCUCUUCUACCUUUUCUGGUUCCAGGUCCACUUCUCCAUCCUCACACGCUCCGGCCCUGGCGAUGAUUUCAUGACCCCCGAAUUCCAGGAGACGCUCAGCAACAAUGUUAUGCUCCAAAACUCCAUCACCAUUGACUUCUACGACACCAUCACCCUCAAGCACAAGGAAACCAAGGCGUACCUCCACAGCCACGCGGAUCGCUACCCCCUGAGGUAUGACGACGGCCGUGUCUCUAGCCAGGGCCAACAAGUGACGGGUUAUCCUUUCAACGACACCAACAACCACUGGCAGGUUCUCCCCGCUGGUGCCGAUGACCAAAAGUUGGGCCGCCAUGUCAAGAACCACGACCUCGUCAGGCUUCGCCACCUGGUGACCGACACCAUUCUGCUCUCCCACGACGUCGCCUCUCCGUACUACCCCACCAACCAGGAGUUCACCACCAUCUCGAUCGCAGACGCCUACGGUGACCGUGCCGCCGACACUCUGUUUGAGAUUCGCAUUGAGCACGGCAAACCCAACCAAGAGUUCAAGAGCGUUUCCAGCCACUUCAAGCUCAUCCACAACCCCAGCAAAGUGGCCAUGUGGACUCACACCAAGCCGCUCCCUGAGUGGGGACACAAGCAACAGGAGAUCAACGGAAACAAGCAGAUUGCUCCGAGCUCUAACGUCUGGCUCGUUGAUGACAUUCCAUCCAUUCCGGAUGAUGACAAGCGCCGCGAGAAGGUGGAGAAGAAGGUCAAAUCUCUCCCCUUCCUGCGAAAAUGGUUUGAGCUGCAGCGAUCCAUGUUCUGGCACAACAACCAGUUGACCGCCAGCCACCCCUACGCAUCGCUGCCCUUCCAGUGGCCCUUCCUGCUCCGCGGUGUCAGCUUCUGGACCCAGAACGACACCCGCCAGCAGAUCUACUUCCUCGGCAACCCCAUUGGUUGGUGGAUUGCCAGCAGCGUGUUGGCUAUCUAUGCCGGCAUUGUCCUCGCGGAUCAGUUCUCGCUGCGCCGCGGCAUUGACGCCCUGGAUCACCGCUCUCGUUCCCGCUUGUACAACUCAACCGGCUUCUUCUUCCUCGCCUGGGCCACCCACUACUUCCCCUUCUAUGUCAUGGGCCGCCAGCUAUUCCUGCACCACUACCUCCCCGCCCACCUAGCCUCGGCCCUCGUCACGGGUGCCAUAGUCGAGUUUGUCUUCAGCCAGGACUCUGUCGAGCACGAGGUGGCUUACCAGGCCGCCAAGGCCGGCAAGAGCACUGGCGCGCGCAAGCACCAUCUCACCGCGCGCGAGCGGUUCGCCGGCCAGAGCAUGCUGCCUUCGUGGAUCGCCACUAUUGUCAUCCUUAUCGUUGUCGCCGCCAGCUGGUACUUCUUCCUGCCGCUGACCUACGGCUUCCCCGGUUUGUCGGUCGACCAAGUUUUGAGGAGGAAGUGGCUGGGCUAUGACCUGCACUUCGCGAAAUAGGACAGCGCGACUUGAUAUGGGAUGAGCCUGGGUAUUUUGUAGCAACGAAGACCAGUGUAAGAUUUCGAGAGAUGGGUGAAAAAUACCACAAGUUGUAACCACCUAGUCUUGUUUUAAAAGCGUCCUGGGUAGCGAGUCAAGAGAGUUACGGGAACCCUCCGGCCACAAAAUGAUACAUCCACGAUAGACAAUGAGAUCAGAGCACUCUCGUCGAG